CUCCUUUUCUUUUCUCCCUGCCGCCCCUUAUUGUGCGCCCCUGUGUCCCCACAGGCGCGGUGCCCGGCGCUGACCGAGCUCACAGAAUAAAUAAGCAGGCCCCUGACAGCAGAGACACACAGGACUGCUGGCACUGGUGCUGACCCAGUUUGGCUCUUUUAUUUAUUUAUUUUUUUUAAAGUUCUUGCUGGGUAAGUGGGUUGAGGAGCCUCUGUGACCCACUUGCAUUAGAGCCUGAGGGUCUGUUGGUGUGGACAGACUGGACCUGGCUGCUGUUUGGGGACGGGAUGAGGAACUAUUAGAACCAGAACCUGAGAAAUGUCCACGCAGGGGUCGGUGCUGGCGCUGGGGAAAUGUCUGGCCUGUCUGGAGUUCAUGCUGUUUCCCGUGUGGAGGGGAAUAGGGGCCAGUAGCGCCGUCGGGUGGAGCCAGGGCUGGGGCCGCUGCCUGAGAUGGGAGCCGGACAGCAGAGACCGGGGCACCAGAAUCCCAGUGUUCGACUACCCCGUCUGGUUGGUGUUCUGCCGCCGAGGGCGUGCCAGGCUCAGGGAGGCGUGUCAGAGGGGGAGAGGUGCCAUCAGACUGCCCACAGACCUGCUGAACUUAAAACUGCCCCAGCUCUUCGACAUCCAUCAGGUUCCCAAGGUGUUCAGGGAGGACAGCAUCGUCUCAGGAUAUCGUCAUCCUCGGAGCUCCGCCAUGGACUGCAUCCUCAGCAGCUUCCAGAUGAACAACGAAACCAUCAACAUUUGGACCCACUUCCUGCCCACAUGGUACUUUGUGUGGCGUUUCUUGGCUCUGUGCUCCACCAUGAACUUCCUGAGCGACAGCUACACCUGGCCCCUGCUGGUCUACAUGCUGCUCAUCUGUAUUUACCCCUUCACCUCCAGCUGUGCCCACACCUUCAGCUCCAUGUCCGCAGAGUCCCGACACAUCUGCUACUUCUUUGACUACGGAGCUCUCAGCCUCUACAGUCUGGGUUGUGCCAUCAGCUAUGGGUAUUACGUGAUGCCAGACUGCUGGGUGAACAGUUGGAUCCAUCAACACUUUGUUCUCAUCGCCAUCGGGAACUCGCUGUUCUGUACCAGCAUUUCCUGCUAUUCCAGAUUCGUGGAGCUGCAGUUCCCAAAGAGAAGUAAAGCCUUACGAACAGGAGCGUUUGUUGUGCCCUUUAUUUUCGACACGGCCCCUCUGUUUUACAGGGUGCUGACCUGCUUCUGGGACGGCAGCAGCCCCAGUGACGCCCUGUCCAGUCACUGUUACCACCUCCUCUUCGCCUUCCUCACCUGCUUCCUGUUUACCGCCCACCUCCCAGAGAGGUUGGCCCCGGGGCGCUUCGACUACAUCGGCCACAGCCACCAGCUGUUCCACAUCAGCGCCGUGGUGGGAAGCCACUUCCAGAUGGAGGGCGUCAUAGCGGACAUGACGUCGCGCAGGGCGUGGUUCCAGCUCCACGGGGCCAUGCCGUCCUUCCUUGGGACCAUCGGGGCGCUCGCCGUCAGCCUCACCCUCAACCUGGCCGUCAUCGGCAUUUUCAGCGCCCCGCUGCUGUGGAGGACCAGAAACGGCUCCACCCAGCAGCAAGCCUGCAAGGAGCAGUAAGGAAACAAAAAAAAACAAAAGUAAAACUAAGGACUCAGUGGCUUUCCAAAGGAAAGGUGUGACUUUCCAUCAGCUGGUUUAACAGUUUUCUCACUCGGGUUAUUUUAAGGGCUCAUGUUUUUACCCAGCAGCUGAAGACCCGCCUUACUUUAUACAGCCUUGCUCUGACGCUGACGUCAAGGAAGGUUCCGGGUUGCAGGACGCUUGCUGUUUAACAACAACAUCUUAUUUGAAUGUUUUAAACCUCCAACCAGAAAAAAAACAUCUUGAAUUUAGCAAAUUUCUAAAAAAA